GGGCACCACCGUAAAUGUUAGGGACCCGAAAAUCGCGAUCGCACAGUUGUUCUUGAAAGAAUGCAAUACGCGGACGUAUCGUAGUUGCACUUACGAGGUCGGACUGCCGUGGUGACCGAAACCACACGCGCAAAUGCUUGAGACUCGACCGAACCAUUACACGAGUGGAUAUACGUGACAGCGACGACAGUGCCAAGAAAUAAGCCCGUGGCUUCGUGCACGGACAGAUUCGCUGAAAGCGAAGAUCGACGAGAAAAGUGUAUGUACGUGUGUGAACAGUGUCUCAACCCUGAUCUCCGCGCCCUUCCGACUCGCUGACAGUAGCCGCGGUGAUUUCCUGCGAACAAUUUCGCCGAUGACGUGCCGUGGACCGGCCCACGAGAGCAGAAAGUUGUUGCAUGCUGCGCGAUAGGGCAAGAAACGAGGGUCUCCGCUGUGGCAUUUCGACCGUCGAGGUGGGCUGCACCGACGAGACUGUGGACGUUCCUAGAUUGGCGAUGAUCCUGUAACUAGUUCCGAUGGCGUCCGCCAGGCGGUCUCAUUUUUACAGGGGUACAGUGAGAGCUGCAUAUCGACGAUGAAAAUUGAAACGUCCCAGGACAUGACGUAAAUAUCGCGACCGAUAGAGUGUGGGCAAAGGACACCAUGAAAAUGAAUCUCGCGCCGUAGUCACGCUACCUGCGAUGUUAGUCACACAGACACCCUCCUCGAUGGACAAUCAGCCGAAUAUGAUGUCGGUACUCGAGGAGGAGACGAAUGUCGAUAUCGAUGACGCGUUCCCGCCGCACGUUGACACGGCGAACAUCGUCAUACUGCCCGAGUCGCCUACCAGCAAGAAGCAAGCGCUGAAGACCUUCAACGAGGUCAACGCGCUUCUCCAGGCUGGCAGAAAGAGGGAGGUUAAGCUGAUCAUAAGGGAGAACGCGUGGCCAUUGAACAACGGGAUCAGGGCGCAACUCUGGCCAGCUCUUUGCAACCAGCAUGCACACGGCAAGAACAUGCUCGAUGGCUUCUAUUGGGACAUGGUCAACCAAGUGUUCGGGACUACAGAGCUGCCGGAAAAAUCAAUCAUGUUACCACCGUUUGUGGAUAGUACUCAUUGCCUGUCGUACAACCUGACAAGAACAGGCAGGAGUGUGGCGGAUAGGGUCGUGUCUGUGCUAGGAUACGCCUGUCCUGAUAUCACCUACAGUCCUUCUCUUUAUCCCAUUACAGUGCUUCUUCUUCACUUUAUGCCAGAGGAGGAGUGUUAUCAUUGUAUGGCCAGCCUGGUGGCCGCUAAAGACAAGAUGUUCAUUACGCAAACCAAGCUCCUCUACGAGGUCACCUGGAAAACUGUGGAGCAGAUCACCAGAAAGCACGUGAAAUCAGCCGCGGUACAUUUAGCGAGGCACUGUUCUGGAUCAAGAGCAGAAAGAAUCUACAUGGACUGGAUCUGGUGGAUUCUACAACUUCUCCCAUUCCAACAUCUAGUCAGGGUUAUGGACUGUUUUCUUCACGAAGGCAUCAAGGUCUUCUAUCGAGUAGCAAUGGCUAUAGUUUUAUUAUUCUAUAAACACUCAUCGUUGCAGAACUCUGAAUGGAUGAAUGAAAUUUCUAAAAGCGGUAUUGACGCUACACUAUCGAAGUUCUGCAGGCAAAUACCGGUAACGCCAGCUAAAUUUUUACGAACCGCGUUUGGAAUACGUGGUCUCAGUUCUGCAUACAUAUCAAGGGUAUUUUUGCGCACAGAAAUGGCUCUUAAAAGUAGAAGCGUUUUAACGGGAUCCAGAUCGUUGGCGCGGUCACGAUCCACGGACAAUCUGCCUACGAGUCAGUCCCAAGUCAACAUUCAGAUGAUGUCGCACACGCUCACGAUACGAGAAAAAGAGUGUGAAGACACAUACAAAGACAGGGGUGCACACAGUCCUGGACCGCGUGCUCUGUCAAUGGGCGUUUAUCCCAUACAAAGCAUAUGUUCCCAGAUUCUAGACAUGCCUGAUUUAUUCACAUUGUGGUCCUGGCUGCCAAUGAGGAUCACUAUGUACCAACCUAUUCUACUGUACACGACAGAAGAGCAUGGUUGUUCGUUGACAACAUUUUACGUAAGGGUGGAGCAACACGAACCAACUCUGCUGAUGAUCAAAACGUGUAACAACGAAGUGUUCGGUGCCUACUGUUCCACUAGAUGGUGCGAGCGCAAUUUAAAAAAUGAUAAAGGACAAAGACAAGCUUAUUUCGGUACGGGAGAAACGUUCCUGUUCAGUUUGUACCCCGAACGAGCAAAGUAUCCUUGGAUAGGCAUGGACACUUCGCACAACGACGCGAAAGUUCAUCAUUCGGCCGAACUGUUCAUGGCGGCAGACUCCAAGAUGAUAACAAUCGGCGGAGGAGAUGGACAAGCGAUAUGGAUGGACGAGAACAUAAGAUUCGGCAAAACAGAUCGGUGCUCCACGUUUAACAAUCCACCUCUUUGUGCUAGUGGCGACUUUGAGAUUAGGGUACUAGAAGUAUACGGUUUUGCCGGUGCUUGAGAUGUACACAGGACUUGGCACUACAACGUAUCAGUUUAUUUGAUUCCCUACUGCCAUUUAGUAACUCUCUUCUAUAUAUAUAUACUAUAUAUAUACAGAAUUGUAUACAAUAUAUACAAAUAUCUUCGUGUAUGUGCAAGUUACCGCGGUCUCCGCGAGGCGGUAUUUUCGUGAUACUCCAGUCGCUUGCUGGGUAUUAGUAUUACGCUCGCAUUGUCCGUCGUCGACGAGCUAUAAGAGGUUUUCUACCGAUUGAGAUUACGUAGAUUUAUCUCCAGUUUUGUUACGCUUCUUCUUGUUCGAUUAAUUUCUCUUGACUUUCGCGAAAGUGACCAGACGAUUUUUGCGCCCGUCGAUUUAUUUUUGUUAAGAACGAAACGAUGGUUGCUAACGCGUAGGAUACAUAAUACCGCGCGCCACUCUGAAUUUCGACAAUAAUCAGCGUUGAGUCACCUUCAGUUGUACGCGAACCUCGAUGUCCCAAAAUAUGUACAUAUGUAAGAAACGAUUGAUUAUUUACGUGAAUACUUAAUAUUCAUUGGACUAGACGCUAUCAUUAUUAUAUUUAUGUAUAUACAAACGCAUAUGCGCCGUGUAAGUCGUCCGAAAUUGAAAUUUCCAACUGCGUCACUUACGGGAACAAAAAUUUCAAUUUCAAACGAUUUAUUCCGUGAUAUGCCCGUAGAUUAUUUCAUCGAAUCCGGUCGUUAAUUCUGCAAUUUUGUCAGCAAUGCUCGUAUACAUGCGUUAACGUCUUGUAAUGUUUAUUUACUUUAAUAUCGUUAUCGCCUAGUUUUAAAAUCGUUGAAUGGAGAACGCUCGAAGGAAUCGAAGGAAAGAAUACCGUUCGUACAUGAUACAUAUUGUGUAUAUCAGGCGUUAACCAUGUAUGUGUAUACAUACCAUAUACAUACGUGUACGUUAAUAUUGUGUAAUUUCCUAUAAAUACUAUAAAUAUUCUCCACCCCUCCCCCCUUGCGCAAACGGAUCGAAAUACACGCAAAUCAUUUACACACUCGUAUACGUAUGUCGAGUAUCGCGAUCAUACGUGAUAAAACGCUCGAAUAGGAUGGCAGGGGGCGAAUGGUACUUUGAAACAACGACAUCUUUUUUUUGUAUCUUUCAUUAAUGAUUACGUUGAAAGGGGAUCGUUUAGUCGAGUCGACUGGUUGGCCCGUUAUCUGAACCGGUUACAAAAGCCAUAUAUAGUUUUCACGUAGUACAUUAAGAAUUUGUAUAUUUUCUAUAGCGUACGUAAUUGGUGUCGAUGGUACACCAGUACAGGCGAAGAUAUAUAUGUACAGGAAGCACGCGCAAUUUUCGUUUUCCACGUGUAUUUACACGCGACGCGUUACUUUUACAUUACACUUCGGGCAUUCUGAAGAAGCGUUAUCCGCGUUACUGUCGUUAUCGUUUGUCUCUCUUUGUGAUCAAAUCUGUAUCGAUGUUGUACGGUACACGAUUAACUCUUAGAGUACCUGCUUCUGUGUUUUAGUUCUUGUUAUAUUUCUUUUUUUCUUUUUUUUUUUUUAUUAUUAUUAUUAGGAUGAAAGGAAACUAGGAAAGUGAGAUCGAGCGUGUGUGAAACUAAAGGUGUCGAAUUUGGAUCCCUUGGUUGUGAUGCAGAAGUGGCUGGUACCACUUUCGUUCGGGCGACAAUACGUACGAAUUAUAAUGUUUGCGUAGGAGGAUCGUUUGUCUUUUCACCCUCUCAUCGUCACACCCCAUGUCGUAUAAAAUCGUAGAGAAACGGAACGUGGAAAAAAAAUGUUACGUUAUUCUCAAUAUGAUUGCAUGUUACAUUUAUCGUCGAAGUAUCGAAGCACUUAAGAAAACAGAGCCUAAGAAUCGUUUCAUGUAUCAGUUAAAUCAUUCUUCAUUUUCGCGUACCGUAAGUGUAUCAUGUUCGUUAGUUCUAAUCGACUCGUGCAAUUCAUAGAGACACAAACGAAUAGACGAACAAUGUAACAAUGUACAAUCAACAUUACGUACGACGCUAUCGAACUCAAUUCUAAAUGUAAACAAAUAUCGAAUUUAGCGGUUGGAACCCUUUCCCGAAGAUGUUCUUGUACCAUCAACCAGUUACGUGACUCGUAGUGAGGUUCUCUUUGCAUAUUGAGAGAGAUCGUAGACCGUAGCGAGUUACAUUCUAACUUUUCAACGUUUCACGAACCCGAUAAUAUUACGUGAACUGGCGAAGGAAAAAGGGAACACUGUUGAUCUCACUCAGGAGCCAAAUAUAGGGUAGCAUUAAAUGUAUCCGUUUUACAUUGUGGCAAGUCCGUAUCAGGAUAUUCGAAUCGAUUUUACCCGUUUUCUUAAACGUAGAGAACUAUCUUUUGAGGAGAUACUUUAUAGUAAUAAAAAAUUUUACGAAAGUAUAGCUACAUUGGCCGAAACAUAAGCAACGAGUUUGCCGAAUGGAAGAAUGAGAAUUGAGGAAACCAAUGGAAUUUUGCCUGUGAACGAUGCAUGCGAUAGUGCAUUUUGUAUAAUACGAGAAUAGUUGAAGAAAAGGAAAUCUGGGUGCGUAGUGUCCAUAUAGUUAAAUUAUUGCAUUACUAAUUUAUAUUUAUACCAUUCAUUUAUAACAUGUUUAUUGCUAGAGUCAAGUUUAUUUUUCGUUUAUACGCCAUUGUCCUUUUCUUAACUAUUCCGGGAUUCUUAUAAAAAAUACUUCGCGAACAAGUGGUUGCAAGCGCUGCUAGUACGAACGAUCGUAAUUUGUGAAACUACAUUCGUGUGAUAAUUGUAAUCGGAAUGAAUGAAUAUUUAUUUAUUGUAUAUCCGUCAUUGUGAGAAAGAUGAUGUGCUGAAAAUGGAAAGUAUUAUUGUUCAAAGUUUCUAACGUAGCACAGCAUAACAUAAAUAUACGCUAGGAAAUAAUAUAUACAUAUUACAUAUAUAUGUAUUUAUAUAUAUAAAUACAACUAUGCCUAUAAACGACGAGAAAAGAAAAUAAACAAAAUUGAAUGGAGUGUUUUCAAGCUUUCCGCAGUGUUGUUAUACUAUAUUACAUUAUAUAUGUACAUAUACACAUAUACAUACAAUAAUACACAUAUAUAUAUAUAUAAUGUAAUAUAUAAGUAUAUAUAUAAUGUAAGUUGUACCGUUUCCGCAAAGAAAUUGUUGCCUCUCGAUGCUACUUUAUCAUAUCAUCGUUGUGAAUAGAAUAUUAUUAUACGCAAAUUUAUUGUCCCGUUUAUUUCUUCUAUAUUAAAGAUAUCUCAUACGAUAUUAUUAUUAUACACAUAUAUUUCAUGUGACCUUCAGAGCCAAUAUAUGAACAUAAAUUAUAUUGUAAGAUUCAUUCAGAAGUCCUUAAAUUGAAAUCCUUCGAUUUAACGAUUCUAUUAAACUUACAUCAUUAAAAUAUACGUUUUUAUGCAUUUCGUUACAGUUACUGACUCAUAAAGCCCUCCUCUCUCGAUUCCCACGAGACGGUCCGUAAUUACUUAGGGCAGCUUCGGAGAAUCGAGAAAGGGGGCAUG